AUGAAGAUUGCUGCUGCUGCGGCGCUGCUACUGCUGUGCAUAGGAUGGACCGUUGGAGUGGAUCAUCAGACGACAACACAGGCCGUCGCUUCUCGGCUGCAGUUUCCUCUCCCGGCCGUCAUGUACCGCGGCUUCGGUUAUGAGCACGAGGAGGCCCUAUUCGGACCACGCCACCCGUUCGGUGGGACCAUCGCCGAGAGGAUCCACGGGGGCGUGCAGCCGGGGAUAGCGGUGAGAACAUGGACCCUGUGCAGUAGCGAGGAUGUCGAGCUUGUGCUGUCGAUGCUACCGCCGGAUUUAUCUCCCUUCAUCCUCAUGGUUGAUCGGGGAGAGUGCACCUUCGCCACCAAGGUGCGAACGGCACAAAAGCUGGGCGCAGUCGGUGUGAUCUUUGCGGACAACACGUGCCGUUGCAUCGAUGAAGCGAUUGGUGUCUGCUCCACGUUUGGCACGUUUGGCAGUCUGCCUUGUGAAGAGUUCGGUCCGGCAAUUGGAGACGAUGGCUCCGGCGCAGACAUUACCAUUCCAAGUUUUAUGAUGAAGAAAAUGGACGCAAGGAUGGUCAAAAGCCGGCUGGCAACGGGGAUUCCGGUUGUGGCGGAGAUGUCGUGGCCCGUACCGGCACCUGAUGGCGACAUCGAGUGA